AUGGUUGAUCUGGACAUUUAUGAAAGCUAUUUUGAGCCCAAGUUUCUUCAAGAGUCAAAGGACUUUUACAAUGGUGAAGCAAUGCGGAAGCUUCGCUUUAUUAGCAGCAUCACCUUUGACACCAUCGUCAACUACUUGGACUUUGUUGCUGAAAAGCUGAAGGAGGAGGAGUUGCGCAUUGUCGCCUACGGGCUGGCAAUGACGACCACCUCUAAGAAGAUUGAAAAAAUUCUCGAGAAGGAACUGAUCGAGGCACAUCUUGAUGUGCUGGUUAACAACUGCGUAGAGCUGCUCUUUGGUGAUAGGAAGAACUUUCGACACAUCAAACUUGCCUAUCAGUUGUUUUCUCGCCUUCCCGAGGCGAUUGCUCGCAUGUGCUUCUGCUUCAAUGCAUUCGUCAAGAAUCGCGGCAAGGCGCUGGUUAACCUCUCUACGAGUGACCCUGAAAAGGACAAAACUCUGAUAAAGGAUUUGCUCGACUUUAAGGACACGAUGGACGUCAUUGUCCGUGAGUGUCUAGGCUCAAACCAGCGCUUCGCCAACACUUUGAAAGACGCAUUUGAGACGUUUGUGAACAUUCGCACGAACAAAGUGGCUGAGCUGAUUGCCAAGCACGUGGACUCCAUGCUGCGAGACGCCUACAACUUGGAGGUGUCAUUUGACCAGCAGAUUGACAAGCUGCUGGUGCUCUUCCGCUUCAUCCACGGCAAGGACAUCUUUGAGGCCUUCUACCAGCGCGACCUCUCCAAACGUCUGCUGGGCGGCAAGUCGGCCUCGGUGGACGCGGAGAAGCUGGUGCUGAUGAAGCUGAAGCAGGAGUGCGGCGGUGCGUUUACCUCCAAGCUGGAGGCGAUGUUCAAGGACAUGGAGCUGUCGCGAGAGCUGACGGCCUCCUUCAAGGUGCACCUCGACAAGAAGGAGAACGCCAGCAAGACCUACCCCAUUGAUCUCAGCGUGUCAGUGCUCACUACCGGCAUCUGGCCCACCUAUCUGCCCAUUGAGCUGCUGCUCGGCCAGGAUCUCAGAGCCUACGAGGACGUCUUUCAGGAGUUCUACCUCUCCAAACACACCGGGCGGAAGCUCACCUGGCAGCACUGCUUUGGCCACUGCCUGCUGAGGGCGCAGUUUGGUGGCGAGGACAAAGAGCUGCAGGUGUCGUUUAUGCAGGCGCUGGUGCUGAUGCAGUUCAACAGCAAGAACACCUUCAGCUACGGCGAAAUUCGCAACGCCAUUUUGCCGCCCAAGCUGGAGGGCACUGAAGAGAAUGAACUCCGGCGCACGCUACAGUCGCUCGCCUGUGGCAAGAUUCGCGUGCUCACCAAAAGUCCCAAGGGUCGAGACGUCCUCGACACUGACAGCUUUGCGCUGGAUGAAACCUUUGACCACAAGCUGUUUCGCCUGAAGAUUAACCAGGUUCAGUGGAAGGAGACUUUUGAGGAGAACGUCAAUACACAAGAAAAGGUGAACCAGGAUCGGCAGUACCAGCUGGACGCGGCUGCAGUGCGCAUCAUGAAGGCGCGCAAGACAAUGCUGCACAAUGCACUGGUCAAUGAAAUCUACGAAAAGGUCAACUUUCCAGCGUCGUCGGCUGAGACGAAGAAGCGCAUUGAAAGUUUAAUUGAGCGCGAUUACCUCCGACGGGACAAGGAGAAUCCUAUUCUGUAUCACUAUGUUGCCUGA